AUGGCCACAAGAAAACCAAAGGAUAAUGGUGAGUAGAAGUGGCUUUAACUUAAAGUUUUUGGAGAUGAUAUGAAGAGUUAAAGCAGAUUAUCUACUAACUAACCUAACAGCUGACAAUUUUUUAACAGUCAACACAGAGAGACAUGAUAAUUCUGUGUCAACCUAAAAUGAGUUGAUGGUGAUGAUCUGCUUUGUCUCUCGCUCAGGUGGCAGUAUCCCCUUCGCUGCUCUCCAGCUGCUGGCCCCGCCGGUCCGUCUGGUGUCUGCGGCCCUCUGGAAAGUGAUGGAGCAGAGGGAUGUGAUGCAGUACGGGGUGGUGGAGGAGUUUGUGACAUCGGCCUGUGAGACUGUACCCGGGCUGCUCACUGUUAGACACCAGAGCAAGCUGGCUCUGGGGCUGAGAGGACGGGUGAGAUCAACGUUAUAUUCUGAUAUCCUUGACUUAAAGAAAAUAUGGUUAUGCUGUAUUAAAGGACGUACAAAUUUAAAGGGAUAUUCCGGCGUAAAAUUAAUUUAGGGUCAAACACACCAUAACACCGAGUUCGACACCCACUCUCUUCCAGCAGCCGUUUGUUUGUAGCGAGACCUCAAGCCAGUCCAUUACGGACUACAGUGGGGUGCCGCAGCUCAAGGAAGAACAUUUAUGAUCAAUUCUUUAUGGAAAUGCAAUCAGACAGAGAUGCUAAGGAAGAGGAACGACCGAGUCUACAUGCAAAAUGAUUAAUACAGUGAUUAUUAUGUCAAGGAGGGUGGCACAGUGGUGUAGUGGUUAGCACUCUCGCCUCACAGCAAGAAGACCCUGGGUUCAAAUCUGGGUCAGGGUGUUUCUGUGUGGAGUUUGCAUGUUCUCCCUGUGUCUGCGUGGGUUUACUCCGGGUGCUCCUGAUUCCUCCCACAUCCAAAAAGCAUGCAGAAGUGGGGUUAGGUUAAUUGGCCACUUUCAAAUUGUCCGUAUCUCUUAACAUCUCUUACAUCUCUUAACACAACAACUGAAUUCUUGUUUCUUAAAAUCUCACAUUUUUCCUUAACUCACUCUUUCUUUGCAGUUAAUCUUGGAGCUUUGCUCUUCAAAUCCAGAUGAGAAAGUGAUAAAGGCGAACCUGGAAAGAAUCUGUGCUCCCGCCGCUCUGUCAUCCUCCUCUUCACAUGUUAUGGUAAAUUAUAUUUCAUAUCCAUGUUGUUCAUAUUGCUUUUGUUAUUGUGGACUUUCAUACAAUAAGGAAUCUGCCAAUCCUGAAUCUAAAACCUGUUAUUUUUUCCAAAAACAUUUUGAAAAAAUAACAACUACGUCCUUCUUGCCAAUACAUACGGCCUAUAAGAUGAUGCAUUAUGCAUACACAACUACAGGUGAAACACACCUACAAUGAGUGACACUGUGUUGGCUGUGUGGAGGAAUUUAGUAGUGUCAAAAUGUGGUGGCUGAGAACUGCCACUGCUGCAAAUAAAAAAGAAUGAAAAAAAACAAACAAAACCCAAUGCAAAUAAAAAAAAAAAAGCAGUGCAGAUUUUUAAAAAAAGCUACAACGGAAGUUAACAACACACAAAAGAGUGGCGAUGCAAAAAAAAUAAAUAAAUUACUUGCUGCAAAAAUUUGCAUCCUUUUAUUUUCACAGUAAGAAAUUUUUUUUCGCCAUCACCACUUUUUUUUUUUUUUUUAGGUUUUAACUUCGUUGUGGCUUUUUGAAUUUGCAUCCUUUUAUUUUCACAAUCAGUGUUUUUUUUUUUUUCUAUCGCCAUUUUCUUUUUUGCGUUGAUAACUUUCGUUGUGGCUUUAUUUUUAUCUGCACCAUUUUUUUUCUAUUUGCAGCGGGCUUCGGUUUCUUUUUUUUGCAUCGGUAACUUCUGUUGUUCUUUUUUUUUACAUUCCUUCUUUACUUGCAGCAGUGGCAGUUGACGGCCAUCGUAUCAAAAGAGGAAAAAUACUGCAUACUGCAUCUUUAAUGUUUUGGCUUUUUUGCUGCUAUUGUUCAAGACUGUUAACUGUCUGAUUUUCAAAGUUUUGUGUUGUUUUGCUGUUUUAUCUUCUAGAAAAGAGAUGUCAAAAUUUUAAGAACAGUCGAAAGUUUCCACUCGUUGGUUCACAUACUGCUGACAGACGCCGCAGAGAGAGAGCAUUUCUUCAAGGUUAGUCUUCCUGCUUUAAUCUCUGUUGUUGUUAUGUCCCAGUUUUAGCCUGUUGGAGCGUCAAAUUUUCUACAACUCUCUGUUCUGACAGGAGGAGUUUCCUGUGGAUUACGGUCCGGAGUUCGACCGAGAGCUGGGCAAGCUGCUGUGGGAGUUUUUAAUGCGAUUGGAUCAGCUGCUUCCAGUUCCCAGCCUAGCUCAGGUAGAUGUUUUUUCUUUUUCUGCAGCCAACAGAACCGGAUCAAAUAAAGAAAAAUCUGAAUUUGAACGAUCUUUGAUUUUUUUCCCAGACUGCUUCAUGGCUCAGUGACGCCCCUCCUGUCCUGGAGCAGUGUGCGCAGGCGGCCACCCAACCCCAGCUCCUGAAGAUUUUGCUGCAACAUCAAACAUGCCUGGGUCAUCUGGAGAGUGCAGGCAAGCUUCUAAGCUUCUUGCUAGGUUGACAGAAACGGUCUGAUGUUUUUCUAAUGAGUCUAAUCCUCCACAUGUUUUUAUUUACAGCCUCUCUCCCUCCAAACAUGGGAGACUCCAUCCUGGACUCCCUGUCUUUGCUCCCAUCUGGAAAAGUCCCUUCAAAACAGUCAACAGGAGCAAAAUUAACUCCUGUAGAUAGGUCUGCAAAGGUGCAGACACAAGACAAAACACCUUUUGUUACACCUGUUUUCGGACUUCUUUCCAGCGAAGACGUUCCCGUCAUGAUAUCUGCGAAAAAAAGGACGGAAAAGACGGAAAAAGCAGAAGAGGAGAAAGACACUUUACGAAGGAGCUGCGAGAUGAAACGCAAGCGAAGCGACGUGAGACAAAGUGAAUCUGAGGAGGAAGAGGAAGUGUCGGGCAAGACCAGAUCUGGGAAAAAGCGGGUGAGUGCGACUUUGACAAACGCAGCAGAGACACUCAAGAGGGGUAGAAGUAAGGGGGAGACGAAGGAGAGCAAAGAAGACGGAGCAAUAACCCAGGAUGUGGACGCCAAGAUGCUGAAGGAUCCACCCUCCUGCCCCACUUCUCUCAGCUUCUGUAUGAGCAGGCAGCCCAGAGUCGUUAUCGAGAGACUGCCGGUGGCUUCUCUGUCCACUCAUACGGCGAGCAGAGGAGGGAAACCUGCGCCAGUCAGAGCUUCGCCGCUUAAAAACACAGACAGCCAACCUCAAACGCCUGAAUCAGACUGUGCUGAACAGGAUAACAAAGAGUAAGGAACAAGAGAAAGCUCUGUGCAUGACAAGAACUCAGCCUCGAGUUUAGCUAACUUGAAUUACGGACAAUAGACUUGACUUUUUUUUUGGCUCUACCGUCCUUUUUUCUGGAUUCCUGCAUUUCGAUUUCAUCAGGAGUCUUUUGUUUGAUCACUGCGGUAAUACGUCUGAAAACUGACAUUUAAAGGUGAAGACAUUUGGUCAAAAUACGCAGAAUAAGUUUAAACACUUAUGAUCUUCUUAUUUUAUCUUAUCUCAUGAGAUUGUGGUUCAAACCCUGAACAAAUAAAAAGGCACUUUGUUCUGGUUCCUCUUGCUUUUUCUGUCUUAACCUGAGAGUGACUUAAAAAUGUCUUUACCUUGUUUUCCCUGAGACGUCACCAUUCAGUGUAAUCUUUAGAAUCAAGAGUAUAGUGUUUAGAUGACUUGCUAACCUUAUUAAAGAGAUAAAAACUAACCUGAUGUUAUUUCUACUCAAUAGAAAUCACCCUGCAAGAAAAACCAGCUCCUCUUCUCCUCAGCGCCGGACGACUUCAGGUGAUUUCAUUAACAAAUGAUGUGAAAUGGACUCAAACACAAAAAGGUAGAAUGUAAAAGGUAUUGUACAGCGUUUCAUCUUACUAUGUUUACUUCCCUGUACAGAGAUGGUGGCCCCUUCAGGAGAUGGUGAAGACUAUGUAGCGGAUUCAGAGGACGAGGCGACGAAGAACUUCAAAAGCAGGGUAUGUAUUUGAAAUAAGAGCAACCAAAUCCUAAAGUCAAAUGGAUGACGGACAUGGAAACAGCUUUGAGAGGACUUGAUUUCUCAAAAACCAAUCUGAUAACUGUCUUUUGAAUAAUAAGCAGAAUAUACUGUGAGUUUAGAGUUCUGAUUCUGGCCUCACAUCCAGUUAAAGGGGAAUAUAGACGAAGAAGAAGUAGCUGCCCGCUUGCGAGCUAGCUGAAGCAGCCGUCUUAGAAAUGAUUCAGCAUUUUUAAAAUCUAAACGAGAGCUUGUGUCUCUUCAGGUUGAUAAUCAGCCAAACAUUUGAACUUUUUUGACAGGUUUUGAACUGUUUUCAUCCAGUUUUGUUCUUCCGCUCUAUUUGAAUCACUUCAAAAUAAAAGCAUAAUUUUAACAUGCAGGAUAUAAAGCAGAUGCCUACAGUGGAUAUAAAAGUGUUUUCAACUGUUUUUAUUUGAAAAGCCCCUUGCUUGAGUGAAUUCCCCUGUAAACUAACCAGCUCUGUCUCCCCCAGCUGUUUAUGAAGUGCUACUACAAGACCAAACACGGCACAUACGUCCCCACUCUGAGGGAGUUCAGGAAGCGGCCGUUGUCGUCUGCUCACGGAAAACAAAGAUGGAGAAAUGAAUUUUCAGCCAAACCUUAA